AUGACAGGAUUCUCUAAAAAACAAAAGAAGCGAAAAGAAAAACCACUUGCUUCUGCAGAAUCCAUCGUAGACAAGAACAACAUUCUAGAUUUAAAUUCUGUGAAACGUUAUGUUCCAAAAGUGUCACUUCCUACUUGUCUCUCCGAAAGUAAAAUGAAAACUCCAAAAUCUGUGUUGUGUAUUGUUCCUCCUGAAGAAGUGUGGGAACCUAUUCAAGCCAUUCGAAAUAGGUAUGCAAAUGUUGCACGAUGGCCACAACCUCACAUUUGCAUCCUCUAUCCAUUUAUUCCAAAAGAAUUCUAUGAAGAAGGACUUGGUCUUUUGACUCCCAUUCUCUCACAAAUCAAACCUUUCCAAAUCACCCUGUCAACCUUCAAUUAUUUUGACACCAUUCAACAUUUAACAGACGACGGUUUGGGAACCAUUCAUUUGGAACCUGAUCAACAGUCGAUUGAAAUAUUGAGAGAAUUACAAAAAUCUGUCAUGAAACCAUUUCCCUAUUGCAAUGCAUUAGUGAAAAGAAGAUCAUUUAAUCCUCAUUUAAGUGUUGGAGUGUUUGAAAGUGGAAAAUUGAAAGAUUUUAUGAAAGAAUUUCAAGAGGGGUGGAAGAGUGUGAGUUUUAUGGUGAAAGAAAUUUGUAUGAAUCGAGAAAAAGAUAAUGUUUCACCCUUUGAGAUUAUUCAUCGUAUUCCAUUGUCUUUACAAUCAUCAAAUUAA